AUGGCCGAGGCUGACGCGCAGGACGUCCGCUCGCAGCGACCUGAGCGCGUGCGUCCGCGUCGUCUGGAGCCAGAUACGCUGUCGUAUCUGAAGGAAGUGACGGAGAUGUUGACACAGACUGGAGAAGACUCGACGGUAGAAGAUACUGAGCUGCUGCUGUGGAACGUGCUGGAGGAGCUGGCGCCGCGAGCAGCCAGCGCUGCGUCCGAUCGUCACGCUGGUGAAUUGCUGGAGGUUUUCUUGCCCAAGAUGAACGAUGCGCAGCUACGAUUUCUACUGCAUAAGAUGGCGGGCUACGUGAGUCAUUUAUGGACCAAUCGCUAUUCUUCUCACGUGCUACAGCACAUGCUGUCUCGUGCUAGCGUUGCAGUGGCGAAAGAGGUGGACGGACUGGACAAUAAGGAGGACGAGGACGACCGGAUGGAAGAUAUUCCGCUUCUGAGUGACGUUCUUGUUCACAUGGUGAGAGAGGUAGAGAAUGAGUGGAUCACUCUUAUGAACGAUGUAAGUGCGAGUCACGUGCUGCGCUCGGUGCUGGCAGUGCUGGCUGGCAAACCGCUCGUUCCAGAGAAGCGAGGCAAGAAGGCGAAGCACCGGGUUAUUACAUUCACCGAAGCUCGACCUGGAAAGGAUGGAGGUGGGGUCAUUACGUAUGAUGUACCGGAUACGUUCGAUGCGUUGUUUGAGGACCUACUGGCGACCUUGGUUGAGAGCUCGACAUUUGAGUUGCAGAACCUGCUGUAUGAUCAGAAUUCAGGUCCGCUUAUCGCUUCUGCGCUGAAGCUGGCACCCUUGAAGAGCCAACGUAAACUUGCGGAGAAAAUUCUUCAGUGGGAGGACAAAGACGCUUGUGAGCGUAACUUCUAUGAGCUGGCGGCUGACGCUGUGACUAGCCACUUGCUUGAAGCUCUGUUCGAAAGUGCCAGCGACAAGUUUUUGUACAAAGUUGUUUAA